UUCAAAAUCAACAGAUGAAGGGCUUCUGCCUGAAACAUUGACUCUCCUGCUCCUCGGACGCUGCCUGACCUGCUGUUUUUCCAGCGCCAUAUUUUUUGACUGACUCUCCAGCGUCUGCAGUCUUCACUUUGAUGUCAAUGUCUGACAGUCACUCAAUCCAUCGGGACCACAACAAUUCUUGAUUUUGAUUUCUGUGAGAGGGAUCAACGCUUUUUGAUUCCUGUUUGAGGACGUUUUCAGCAUCAGGUGGGACUGGACAAGAGACCCCACUGUUGCAGCGCACUGUGUGUGGAGCCUGAAACAGUUAUACGGCCUGGGAAGGGGAUUUCACGGCAGGGAGGAGUUCUACACGUGUUUGUGUGCAGCUGAAGCUGUGGCCAUGGAGAAACCCGAGGAAUCCCGCCCCGUGGAGAAACCGUGGAAGUGUGGGGACUGUGGGAAAGGCUUCCGCGUCCCGUCUGCCCUGGAGACUCAUCGGCGCAGUCACACCGGGGAGAGGCCAUUCCCCUGCACCGACCGCGGGAAGGCCUUCAGACAUUCCUCCCACCUGCUGGCCCACCAGCGGGGCCACACGGGGGAAAGGCCCUUCAGCUGCCCAGAGUGUGGGAAGGCCUUCAGCACUUCCUCCACACUGCUGAGCCACCAGCAUGUCCACACGGGAGAGAGGCCGUUCAGCUGCCCUGAGUGUGGGAAGGCCUUCAGGUAUUCCUCCACCUUGCGGACCCACCGGCGUUUCCACACGGGGGAGAGGCCCUUCAGCUGCCCCGAGUGUGGGAAGGCCUUUACCCGCGUCUCUGCCUUGCGAAGCCACCGGCGUAUCCACACCGGGGAGAGGUCCUUUAGCUGCCCCGAAUGCAGGAAGGCCUUUACCGACAUCUCCUCCCUGUUGAAGCAUCAGCGGAUCCACACGGGGGAGAUGCCCUUUACCUGCUCUCAGUGCGGGAAGGCCUUCAGCACAUCCUCCCACCUGCUGACCCACCUGCAUGUCCACACAGGGGAGAGACAGUACACCUGCCCUCACUGCGGGAAGGGCUUCAGGUAUUCCUCCGGCCUGCUGACCCACCAGCGGGUCCACACAGGGGAGAGACCGUACACCUGCUCUCAGUGCGGGAAGGGCUUCACCUACUCCUCCCACCUGCGGAGACACCAGCGGAUCCACACGGGGGAGAAGCCCAUCAGCUGCCCAGAGUGCGGGAAGGCCUUGACCGACAUCUCCUCCCUGAUGAAGCAUCUGCGGAUCCAUACCGGGGAGAGACCGUACACCUGCCCUCAGUGUGGGAAGGGCUUCAGCACAUCUUCCUCCCUGCUGAGGCACCAGCGGAUCCACACCGGUGAGAGACCGUACACCUGCCCUCACUGCGGGAAGGGCUUCACCUGCUCCUCCAACCUGCGGAGACACCAGCGACACCACACAGAGGAGAUGCCCUUCAGCUGCCCAGAGUGCGGGAAGGCCUUUACCCGGUCCUCCACCCUGCUGAGGCACCAGCGUGUCCACACCGGGGAGAGGCCUUUCAGCUGCCCUGAGUGCGGGAAGGGCUUCAGCGAUUCCUCCACCCUGCUGACCCACCAGCGGGUCCACACGGGGGAGAGGCCAUUCACCUGCACUCAGUGCGGGAAGGGCUUCAGCGAUUCCUCCAACCUGCGGAGCCACCAGCGGGUCCACACGGGGGAGAGGCCCUUCAGCUGCCCUAAGUGUGGGAAAGGCUUCAGCAAUUCCUCCGCCCUGCUGACCCACCAGCGGGUCCACACGGGGGAGAGGCCAUUCACCUGCACUCAGUGUGGGAAGGGUUUCAUCUGCUCCUCUACCCUGCGGAUCCAUCAGCGGGUCCACACAGGGGAGAGGCCCUUCAGCUGCCCCAAGUGCGGGAAGGCCUUCAGCACUUCCUCCGCCCUGCUGACCCACCGACGGGUCCAUACUGGGGAGAGGCCGUUCAUCUGCUCUCAGUGCGGGAAGGGCUUCAGUACUUCCUCCGACCUCCAGACCCACCAGCGGGUCCACACGGGGGAGAGGCCCUUCAGCUGCCCCGAGUGCGGGAAGGCCUUCAGCACAUCCUCCACCCUGCUGAGGCACCAGCGGGUCCACACCGGGGAGAGGCCGUUCAGCUGCCCCGAGUGUGGGAAGGCCUUUACCCAGGCCUCCACCCUGCUGACCCACCAGCGGGUCCACACCGGGGAGAGGCCGUUCACCUGCUCUCAGUGCGGGAAGGGCUUCAGUACUUCCUCCCACCUGCUGACCCACCGGCGGAUCCACACGGGGGAGAGGCCCUUCAGCUGCCCCGAGUGUGGGAAGGCCUUCAGCGAUUCCUCCACCCUACUGACCCACCAGCGGAUCCACACCAGGGAGAGGCCCUUCAGCUGCCCCGAAUGCGGGAAGGCCUUCACCUGCUCCUCCAACCUGCGGAGACACCAGCGAGUUCACACUGGCUCUAAACCGUGGAAGUGUGGUGACUGUGGGAAAGGCUUCCGUGUCCUGUCUGCCCUGGAGACUCAUCGGCGCAGUCACACCGGGGAGAGGCCAUUCCCCUGCACCGACUGCGGGAAGGCCUUCAGAGAUUACUCCCACCUGCUGGCCCACCAGCGGAGCCACACGGGGGAAAAACCCAUCAGCUGCCCAGAUUGUGGGAAGGCCUUCAUAUUUUUCUCUGCCCUUUUGGCCCACCAGCGGGUCCACACAGGAGAGAGGCCGUUCAGCUGCCCAGAGUGUGGGAAGGCCUUCAGGUAUUCCUCCACCCUGCGGACCCACCUGCGUUUCCACGCGGGGGAAAGGCCGUUCACCUGCCCUCAGUGCGGGAAGGGCUUCACCCGCUCCUCCCACCUGCUGACCCACCAGCGUGUCCACACGGGGGAGAGACCGUACACCUGCCCUCAGUGUGGGAAGGGCUUCACCCGCUCCUCCCACCUGCAGAGCUACCAGCGGAUCCACACCGGGGAGAGGCCCUUCAGCUGCCCCGAGUGUGGGAAGGCCUUUCGUGAUUCCUCCACCCUGCUGACCCACCAGCGGAUCCACACUGGGGAGAGGCCCUUCAGCUGCCCUGAAUGCGGGAAGGGCUUCACCCGCUCCUCCCACCUCCGGAGCCACCAGCGAGUUCAUACUGGUUCUAAACCGUGGAAGUGUGGCGACUGUGGGAAAGGCUUCCGUGUCCCGUCUACCCUGGAGACUCAUCGGCGCAGUCACACCGGGGAGAGGCCAUUCCCCUGCACUGACUGCGGGAAGGCCUUCAGAGAUUACUUCCAUCUGCUGAGGCACCAGCGGAGCCACACGGGGGAAAAACCCAUCAGCUGCCCAGAUUGUGGGAAGGCCUUCAUAUUUUUCUCUGCCCUUUUGGCCCACCAGCGGGUCCAUACAGGAGAGAAGCCGUUCAGCUGCCCAGAGUGUGGGAAGGCCUUCAGGUAUUCCUCCAACCUGCUGACCCACCAGCGUGUCCACACCGGGGAGAGGCCCUUCAGCUGCCCUGAGUGUGGGAAGGCCUUUCACGAUUCCUCCACCCUGCUGACCCACCAGCGGAUCCACACCGGGGAGAGACCCUUCAGCUGCCCCGAAUGCAGGAAGGGUUUCAACUGCUCCUCCCACCUGCGGAGCCACCAGCGGAUUCUCACAAGGGAGAGGCUCUUCACUUGCUCUCAGUGCGGGAAGGCCUUCAGCUAUUCCUCCACCCUGCUGAUCCACCAGCGGAUACACACCGGGGAGAGACCAUACACCUGCCCUCACUGCGGGAAGGGCUUCACCUGCUCCUCCAACCUGCGGAGACACCAGCGAGUUCACACUGGGCAGAAACCGUGGAAGUGUGGGGACUGUGGGAAAGGCUUCCGUGUCCCGUCUGCCCUGGAGAUUCAUCGGCGCGGUCACACCGGGGAGAGGCCAUUCCCCUGCACCGACUGUGGGAAGGCCUUCAGACAUUCCUCCCACCUGCUGGCCCACCAGCGGGUCCACACGGGGGAAAGGCCCUUCAGCUGCCCUGAGUGUGGGAAGGCCUUCAGCGAUUCCUCCUCCCUGCGGACCCACCGGUGUGUCCACGCGGGGCAGAGGCCCUUUAGCUGCCCCGAGUGUGGGAAGGCCUUUACCCACGUCUCCACCCUGCUGAUGCACCAGCGUGUCCACACCGGGGAGAGGCCGUUCACCUGCUCUCAGUGCGGGAAGGGCUUCAUCUGCUCCUCCCAACUGCGGAGCCACCAGCUGGUCCACACGGGGCAGAGGCCCUUCAGCUGCCCCGAGUGUGGGAAGGCCUUCAGCAGAUCUUCCUCCCUGCGGAGACACCAGCGUGUCCACACCGGGGAGAGGCCGUUCAGCUGCCCCGAGUGUGGCAAGACCUUCAGCACAUCUUCUGCCCUGCUGACGCACCAGCGGAUCCACACCGGGGAGAGGCCUUACACCUGCUCUCAGUGCGGGAAGGGCUUCACCUGCUCCUCCAACCUGCGGACGCACCAGCGAAUUCAUCGGCGCUGUCACACCGGGGAGAGGCCAUUCCCCUGCACCGAGUGUGGGAAGGCCUUCAGACAUUCCUCCCACCUGCUGGCCCACCAGCAGGACCACAUGGGGGAAAGACCCUUCAGCUGCCCCGAGUGCGGGAAGGCCUUCGUGUUUUUCUCCGCCCUGUUGGCCCACCAGCGGGUCCACACAGGAGAGAGGCCGUUCAGCUGCCCAGAGUGCGGGAAGGCUUUUACCGACAACUCCAACCUGCGGAGCCACCAGCGGAUCCACACGGGGGAAAGGCCCUUCAGCUGCCCCGAGUGUGGGAAGGCCUUCAGCGAUUCCUCCACCCUGCGGAGCCACCGGCGUGUCCACACAGGGCAGAGGCCCUUCAGCUGCCCCGUGUGUGGGAAGGCCUUUACCCAGACCUCCUCCCUGAUGAGGCACCAGCAGAUCCACACGGGGGAGAGGCCCUUCAGCUGCCCCAAGUGCGGGAAGGCCUUCAGCAAUUCCUCCGCCCUGCUGACCCACCAGCGGGUCCACACGGGGGAGAGGCCGUUCACCUGCUCUCAAAAUGUAGAUUCAUUUAGAUAUAACUGCUGUGUGGUACUGCAGCAAGAAUCCCGCCCUGUGGAGAAACCGUGGAAGUGUGGGGACUGUGGGAAAGGCUUCCGUGUCCCCUCUGCCCUGGAGAUUCAUCGGCGCCGUCACACCGGGGAGAGGCCAUUCCCCUGCACCGACUGCGGGAAGGCCUUCAGACAUUCCUCCCACCUGCUGGCCCACCAGCGGGACCACACGGGGGAAAGGCCCUUCAGUUGCCCCGAGUGCGGGAAGGCCUUCGUGUUUUUCUCCACCCUGCUGAGGCACCAGCGGGUCCACACAGGAGAGAGGCCGUUCAGCUGCCCAGAGUGCGGGAAGGCUUUUACCAACAACUCCGCCCUGCUGAGGCACCAGCGGAUCCACACAGGGGAAAGGCCCUUCAGCUGCCCUGAGUGUGGGAAGGCCUUCAGGGAUUCCUCCAUCCUGCUGGCCCACCAGCGAGUCCACACGGGGCAUAGGCCCUUCAGCUGCCCAGAGUGUGGGAAGGGAUUCAGCACAUCCUCCGCCCUGCUGAAGCACCAGCGGGUCCACACCGAGGAGAGGCCGUACAUCUGCUCUCAGUGCAGGAAGGGCUUCAGCACAUCCUCCACCCUGCUGACCCACCAGCGGGUCCACACCGAGGAGAGGCCGUACAUCUGCUCUCAGUGCGGGAAGGGCUUCAGCAGAUCCUCCACCCUGCUGACCCACCAGCGGGUCCACACCGAGGAGAGGCCGUAUACCUGCUCUCAGUGCGGGAAGGCCUUUACCCGGUCCUCCACCCUGAUGAGGCACCAGCGGGUCCACACCGGGGAGAGGCCCUUCAGCUGCCCCGAGUGCGGGAAGGCCUUCAGCAGGUCUUCCUCCCUGCUGACCCACCAGCGGGUCCACACCGGGGAGAAGCCGUACAUCUGCUCUCAGUGCGGGAAGGGCUUCACCCGCUCCUCCCACCUGCGGAGACACCAGCGAGUUCACGUCCCGUUGCAGGGAGAUUGAAGGAGUGACGGCCGAGUCCCAUUGUCAAUUGGAAUAUCAACCCAGUUCCGGGGACUCCCGGGUUCGAAUCCCGCCACGACAGAUGGCAGAAUUGGUAUUCGGUCAGAAAUGUGGAAUUCGGAAUCUAACGAUGAGACCAUUUCAGGGAGGGGGUGGUAGGGGGAGAAAGCCCCCAUCUGAUUCCCUCACUCCCUUGUUAGGGAAGGGAACCCCCAUUGUGGGAAAGGAUACACUAAAGCUGUUCCAGCUGCAUCCUUUACCCGGUCUGGCCUACACGUGACUCCAGACCCACAGCAGUCUGGUUGACUCUACACUGCCCCUUCCUGGUAAAGGAGCGGGGAGAAACUUACUUGGAGACAGGGUAUGGGUUGAAAUUGCUGAGUGAGGCAAUACUUCCUCCGGGUUACGGCUGUACCAAUGAUCCAAUGUCAAAGGGACAGCUUCGUGCUGACCAAUAG